GUACAGGAAGACAUCAAAGCAUUGAAAACGAAAAAGAGAAGGCAGAGUGUGUUAGGUUAAACGAGACGAGGGCGAAGAUUUGAGCGAGUGAUAGAGAGAAUAUCCAUGGCUACUGCUUCAGAGAUUGUGGCGAAAUUGAAUCUGAAUCCACACCCAGAAGGUGGAUUCUACUUCGAAACUUUCAGAGACACUUCUGUCAUGCUCUCCAAGUCUCAACUUCCACCCCAAUACAAGGUAGAGCGUGCUGUGAAUACAUGCAUUUACUUCUUAUUGCCAUCUGGGAAUGUGUCAAACCUUCAUCGAAUCCCAUGUGCAGAAACCUGGCAUUUCUACUUGGGAGAGCCUCUUACGAUAGUGGAGUUGAAUGAGGAAAAUGGAGAGUUCAAAUUAACCUGUCUUGGACCAGAUUUGAUAGGAGAUAAUCAGCAACCUCAGUAUACAGUGCCUCCUAAUGUGUGGUUUGGUGCAUUUCCAACUAAAGACAUAAGCAUUGGUACCGAUGGAUUGCUGCUCAAAGCUGCUGCAAGGGAUGGCGAGAGCCACUACUCUCUUGUGGGCUGCACCUGCGCACCUGCCUUCCAGUUUCAGGAUUUCGAGCUGGCCAAACGUUCCGAGCUUGUGGCACGCUUUCCCAAUAGCGAGCCUCUCAUUUCUUUGCUUACCUUUCCUGAAUGAACUGAUGCUUUUCUUUAUCUAGGAAUCCACCAACGCCUGAUAUGUUGGGUUGUAAUUUGGGUGAUGGUAUGCUGCCUUAGUGGUAUAUCUUAAGGAGUAAUACCCAUCUGAACUAUCCUACCAAUAUAAUAAUAUAAACAUAUGAAUAUAUAUAUAUAUAUAUAUUAAUCAAUUGUUGUGGCAAGUGAGUUGUUGUACUUUUAUCAGUUUCAUCUCAUCUUGUACUUUUAAACUUCUGUACUGAAAUAAUAACAUACUGCGAGUUUAAUCGGAUGAUA